GAAUUUGUCCUAUCAUUCAGCGUGACAGCUGAUUUGUGUGCAAUUAUAUUUGAUUAUUAAUUUGUUUGUUGUUUAAUUAUUAUUAUAAUCAAAAUGACUGUGAUAAUAAUUCAGAGUAGUGAUGUGCAUAUAGUUGCCAGCGUUAAAGUCAGCGAGGGAGCUGCCGCAGAGAUAUUUUGCUUGGACACCAAGACUGGCAUCACUUACACAGAACAGUUGUCUGCCAUCAAGUUUGUGCCGCGCGUUCGUAAAACAAAUAAGCGCGUCUACAUGUCGGAGACUGUCAUUCGCUCUGCCAUUGCUGGUGCGCAGCCUGUGGAGGCCAAGUUGAGCGUUGCCAAUGUGCAUGAUGACAGCAGCGGGAGUGAGAGUAACAGCGAGAUCGGGGAUGCUCAAAAGGAGACAGAGGAACGCACUGUGCUUGCUCUUAAGUACCAUGUGGGUGAGGCACGCACUGUGCUCAACUGGCAGUGGCAUCUGUCCGUCAUCAACGUGGAGACGUUCUAUCAGGCCUUGCUGAAGGACACACUGCAUGCGGCGUCAUAUUUGAGCGACACCGUUGACGAGUUGGUGGACGUGAUUAAGAAAAAGGAUAUAGAAAUAAAGCAGUAUCGCUUGGAAGGUGCUAAACUUCGUCGAACUACGGUGGCCACCGAACAUUUCGAUGAGACAGCUCACCAAGUGAAGCAUAAGGGAAUAAUGAAUGAAGUAUCCAACUAUGCGGAGGUCGAUCGUGCACUUAACGGCAUUGGCGUAGAAAUGAUUGUCAAAGAAGAAGCACCAGCUGAAGAGGUCAAGCCGAUGGCUAACGUUUCACCACAAGUGGAUAAGUUCAAAGAAACUUCUAAACGCUCCAGAAAGCGCAAGGCAUUAGAAUCCAAAACAAAGCACGUGGAGCUUAAGGCAAAGCAGCGUCGCGAAAAGCCAAAGAUGCAGUAUAAAGACACUGAAAGCCAGGAAUCUGAUUUAAACUUAAUACUUAAGUUCGAUGAUGACGACCUUGAUGAAGAUGUGAAACCAAAGCUGAAUUCAAAUAGUCUACCACCAAAAGCAGAACUUCAAGAGGUGGAAGUGAAGACAGAGACAGGGGAAGAUGAUGACAUUUCCGAUAUUAUGGCCAUGAUUAACAGCACUGUCAAGCAGUCCGCAAAAGUGUUUAGUCACAAUAGCAAUAACAACUAGCCCACAAUCACAGAAUUACCGACAAAGAUAGAAACAUACAUUUUCGUGUUUGUGUCUCCAUCUCUUUCUAUGCUUUGAUCAGUUUUCUUGUGAGCUACACAUAUUGUACAUACUAGUUUUAAUAAAAUAGGUGCAAAAUACUAAA